AAAUAAAGUAGGCCCUGGGGUCGAGGUUAAAACAUGGCGGACUCCAUGAACCGGCAGGUUGAGUAAACCGAAUAAUUUUCUCAGCAGUUAAAACCAUGUUACUUACACGUGCAAACGUUCUCCUGAAGUAGUAGACUAGAGAGUACCUUAAAAUAUUGAUUAAAUACCAAGAAUCAUGUCGAAACCCAAGAGUGCCGUCUGUAAAACCUGUGGGGGUAGCGAGAUAGACACCGACCAGGCACGGGGCAGUGCAGUCUGUGUAAACUGUGGCUCGGUCAUUGAGGACAACUUUAUCGUUUCGGAGGUCAACUUUGCCGAGAAUAGCAUCGGGGGAACGUCUGUGAUUGGCCAGUUUGUGCCCACAGAAGGUGGAAAGAGUCACUCUUUAGGAAGUGGCUUCAGACAUGGAUUUGGCAAGGAAUCCAGGGCAAUUACUCUUCAAACAGGCAAGGGUAAAAUCAAUGCGCUGGGAGGCCAGCUGCAGUUGAACCAGCAUUGUCUGGACACUGCUUACAACUUCUUCAAGAUGGCCGUCUCCAAGAAGCUAACCCGAGGAAGAAAAACCAGUCACAUAGUGGCUGCGUGUUUGUAUCUCGUCUGCAGAACAGAGGGCACACCUCAUAUGCUUUUGGAUCUGAGUGACUUACUUCAGGUAAAUGUUUAUGUGCUGGGCAAAACAUACCUCAAGCUGUCCCAAGAACUUCACAUCAAUGUGCCUGCAAUUGAUCCAUGUUUAUACAUCCACCGUUUUGCCCACAAAUUGGAGUUUACGGACAAGACGCACGAAGUCUCCAUGACGGCAUUGCGGUUGGUUGGGCGAAUGAAACGAGACUGGAUGCAUACCGGGCGUAGACCAUCAGGCCUCUGCGGGGCUGCAUUGUUGGUUUCAGCCCGUCUGCACAAUUUCAAUCGAACACAGAAGGAUAUCAUUCGAGUUGUAAAAGUCUGCGAUGCAACCCUCAGAAAAAGGCUGACAGAGUUUGAGGAAACACCAUCAGGCCAGCUGACCAUCGAUGAGUUCAAUAAGAUUGACCUGGAGGAAGAACAGGACCCUCCAUCAUUCACCAAAGGGCGCAGGAAACUCAAGAUUGCCCAGCUGACUGAGAUGAGCAAGCAGCAGUUUCAGGAGUUAUCUGGAGAGAUCUCCACGAUGCAGGAAGAGAUAGAGAAAGCCUUGAUGAGGAAAACGGGCUUGGCUGAUGAUGCCAGCAUUACCUCAUCAAUGGGUGACGAUGACGAGGAUGAUUCUGACAUCAUUGAUAGACUGAACGAUGUGAACCACAUUCCACAUCCUCUGAGGAGGGACGGCAAAGAUGCCGCACACUGGGAGAAUUCUUCCUCCACUUCCCCUCAGGAUACGCCAACAGAGCGACAGAGCUGCUCCCCUGCCGGGAAUGAACCCCGACCGGAAUCAGGCCACGAACUCUCGACCCGGGUGCCAGGGACAGAAGUAGGGCAAACAUGUACCUCCGCCGUUCUGGUUGAGGAGGAGGCCAAAGCCAGAACGCGGACAGACUCGCCCUCGGGGGCUGUUGACCCGCCUGUCCCUGCUCCCCAGGAUGACUCCUGCGGUGGGGCGGGUGAUGUGCUGGAUUCCUUGCUGAUGCCCCCACCCUGGGGCAGUAAUGGGGCAGAGGCCCCUCGGGGCCUGCCCCCCUCGGCCCUGUCUCUAGGCCUGACUGAGACAAUCGAGGAGUGCAUGCGACAGCCCGAGGUGAAAGGCACUGAAGAGGAGUCUGGUGAUUUGGACUUGACGGAUAUCGACGACAGAGAAAUUGAUUCGUUUAUAUUGAACCCAGCUGAAGUUGCAAUCAAAACGGAGAUAUGGACCAAAGAAAAUGCCGAGUACCUCAAGCUAAUGGAAGAGAAAAAAGCGAAAGAGGAGCUUGAGAAAGAACAAGGAAUCACGAAAGAACCCAAGAAGAGGAAAAAGCAUGUGCGGAAGCCACCGAUACAAGCAAGCACGGCGGGGGAGGCCAUCGAGAAACUCUUGAUAGAAAGGAAGAUAUCCAGUAAGAUCAACUAUGAGGUGUUGCGAGACCUCAACAGGUCAUCAGGUCAGCAGCCACCAUCCACACCCACCACCCCUACUAUCUUGGAGAGCCCUAUCAAGAAGGCCCUGCCGCUGAGACCAGCUGCCUCUGUAAACAAGAGACCCAGGCCCCUCCUAGGUGCCUCAGCUAAGAAGGAGAUGUCUGCUGUCAAGCACCUCAAGUUAGAACUGGGGGUUCGACCGGAGAAAUCCACUCCUUCGAACAUAGUGGUGGAGUCUGGCCCAGUGGAGUAUGCCACAGAAGACGGGCCAGCUGAUUCUAUUGAAGGGGUGGGAAUGGAGGAGGAGGAAGUAGGAGGGGAAUAUUUCGAAGAAGAAACAACAUUGCAAAGUGCUGCUCAGCUGAUGGGCCAUCAAGGAAUUGAUGACUACCAAGAUGGCUUUGAAAUGGAUGACUUGGAGUAGCGGUUCUACAAUGAUGCAAAUAUAUCAAUAUGGUGGGGCUUCAACGUGAAAAAAGGUGCUGCUACAUUUAGAGUUGGUCUUGACUCAAGUAGAGUUCGGGUGGGCUACUGAAAUUGAGGCGAAUUCCAGACAUGUUGAGUGUUGACAUGUUGAGUGUCUGGAUCUUUGGGACUCGUGUCUUGGGACAGUAUUUCAUUCAAUCUGUCAGC